AUGGCCUUUUGCAGUCUCGUUGCCACAUAUCUGUCCGUUGCCGCGGCGUGGAACUCGGCAGCUACACUGGACAACUUCUACACCUUUCAGGAGUUCUACACCGAUGCCCAGUACGGACCGGACUUCGGGUACUACUCGACUGGCCGAAUUCUGCAUUCCGAACCGGCAACGAAGGAGGAUGCUUCGAACUUGGAGUAUUUCAACUCCUACACAACGCAGCCGAUGUCUUUGAGCCCCUUCUUCGGGCAACUGGUCGCAGAACGACUUGUCAGCAUGUGGAUCUCCAUGGAUCGGCCGACUCCGUUCUUCGUGAUCGAAUUCGGAGGCGGCACCGGGAUUCUGGCUCGAGACAUCCUCACCCAUGCAUCGAAGGCACACCCAGACUUCUACCAGGCCUUGCGCCGCUAUGUCAUCGGCGAACGCUCCCAGGCACUGCAGCAGACGCAGAAGCGGACGUGUGCGAAGUUCGUGCAGGAUGAGAAGCUGCGAGUGGAUUCCAGCGAUGCUCGAGGGGCUUCCAAGAUGAGACAGCUGCUGAGCGAUGAUGCUCAAGGGUCCCCGCUGUACUCAGUGGUCCUCUCCAACGAGCUGCUUGAUGAGUUCGAUCCCGUGCGCUUGCGCCUCUCCUGGCAAGCUGGCAACCCCCCAGAUGUCGAUCGCUGUAAGCUCUGUUCCACCUAUCGCGAAGCCCACGUCCUCCACCGGAUCGAGGAGACAGCGCUCCAGGCCGUGCUCCGAUCCUCGCAGGAGGCCAAGAGUCUCGCAGACGCCAUCCGGUGGGAGGGCAAGUCGCUACCCUGUGGCCUCCUCGACACACAGCUGCUGCAGCGACAGGUGCUCGAGCGUCUCUCCAGUGUGCUGACAAGCGAGGAGCUGCGUCGUUGCAGCCCUAUGCAGGUUUGCUGCACAGCCUUGCUGCUGGCAGUGGACGCCCUCAUGCAGGACGACCAUUCGGCCAUCCAGCUCGGAAAGUUAGCUGCGAGUGACCGGCUUCUGCACAAAUACCGCCAGCAGCUCGCGCGGACCAACGGCACGAUCUUGCUCAGCAAGGCUCGGUACCGGGAGCUUCGUCGCCUUGCCUUGGAUCAGGGGCUUGAGGUCGAGCAGGAAGUCUACUUUGCCCUCAGCCCGGCCAGGUGCCAGGAGCUCCAGGGCUGGCGGGAACGCCAUGCCAAGCGACUGGCUGCGGGCGCCAAGAUCCGCGCCCAGGUGGCUCACCUUUACGACCGGCGCUGGUCUCGACGAGGAGAAGGCACACUGCAGUUGAAGAUUUUGGUCCAGCCGGGCCAUGCGCAGUUCGUGCAAGAAGCGAGCGCUCUGGUGGACGAGGGCUUUCUCGUCUCCAUGGACUAUGGAGCCGACGCCGAUGCCUUGCUUUGGCAGGCAUUGGUGCACCCGAAUCACGAGGGCAUCCACAUCAUGGAUGCACGCCAGGCCACAUCGCAGUGUGCCGGCUCCUACUUGGAAUGCCCCGGCCUCCAAGACAUCACCAUGACUGUAGACUUCACGGAAGCUGCAGAAGCAGGGCGGAAGCUGGCACAAUGGAAUACCCGAGCUUAUGGACCCAUUUUCCAUCUGGAGCUCGCCUACGACCCCUGGCUGCGACGGUCCAUCGCCAAUCUGCUCGAACGUGCAGGAGGCCCACGGACGGUGGGACUUCAUGCCUGGUAUCGCCAUUCAGGUGUUGAUGCAUGGGCCUCCUUCAAGAUCUUGGUCCAGCAGCGCGGCCAGCGCGGCCGUAGCUGGUCCCUGGGUGCUCCGGAGCUGAGUUGGCCUUUGCAGGAGGAUCCGGCCCUGGCAAGCAGCCCAAAAAGCUGCUGGAACAACGACAUGACGAAGCCGACCCUCGCGUCUUUGAUCGCACAGGAUGCCCGUGGACUCGGCGUUCGGGUUGGUACAGCUCUUCCAGUCGAGGAAGCGUUUCGACUCCGUCUCUCCGAUGCCCACAAGCUGCAAGAGGCACUUGAUCAGCAGCACGCUUGGCAGCGCCAAGCCUACCGGGAUCUUCACCUUGCGCAGCUGCUGACAGACUACUACCUCCACUUCGCUCGGGAUAAUGCUGCGGCUGGCUUCCGGGGCUGCACGGAUCCGGACUCUGUGGCCAGGGCGGGAUGGUUGGACGAAGUGCAUCUUCUGGCAUCAUCCAGGCGCCUGCCCGAGAUGCACGGUCCGGAGAUGUUCAACCGGGUCUUUGCUGCUGUGGCAGAGGGAUCGCAUGGGAACUUCUCCGAUACCGCGGUGGAGCCCUUCCUUUGCACA